GAAAGAAAUAUAAAUAGCAAAAACGCGACAAUAUUUUUUAACGUCCGAAAAAGACACACAAAUUAGCUAAAAGAGCUUUGGUCUGUUAUCUAUCGCAAACCCUAAGUCAUGUCUGGUAGGUACAAUCAAGACGGCGGCGGUGGUGCGCCUAUUCCGUCGUACGGUGGUGAUGGAGGUUAUAGAGGCGGUGAUGCUGGAUACGGAGGAGGACGCAGUGCCUCUGGCGAUAGAGGAAACCGUGGCGGUGGUGGUGGAUAUCAAGGAGGUGGCGGCGGCGGUAGAGGUGGUGGUGGUGGAAGAGACGGUGGAGGUAGAGAUGGUGAUUGGCGUUGCCCUAACGCAAGUUGUGGGAACGUGAACUUUGCAAGGAGAGUUGAAUGUAACAAGUGUGGUGCACCUGCUCCCAAUUCUGGUACUGGUGAUAGAGGAGGUGGCCGAGGUGGCAAUGAUCGUGGUAGUGGUCGUGAUAGUGGUGGUAGUAGGAGCUAUGAGAGUAGUAGAUAUGAUGGUGGCAGUAGGAGUAGAGGUGAUGGUGGUAAUAGUCAACAUAGGGAUAAUGGUUCUUAUGGUCAGGGUCCUACACCUCCUCCCUUGGCAGCUAUUCCAUCCUACGAUGGUUCUGGCAGUUACCCUCCUCCACCCAUGGGUAUGGGUUAUGGAAUGGAAGCAGUUCCCCCGCCUUCAAGCUAUCCUGGUGGUCCCCCUUCUUAUGGUGGUCCUGCAGGGGGUUAUGGAGGGGAUGCACCGAGGGGUGGUGGUGGUAGAGGUGGUGGAUAUGAUGGUGGUAGUGCUCCUCGACGCCAGGAACCUAGUUAUGAAGAUGCACCUGCUGAAAAAGUCAAGCAGUGCGACGAGAAUUGUGGGGAUACUUGUGAUAAUGCUAGAAUAUACAUCUCUAAUUUGCCUCCGGAUGUGACCGUUGAUGAACUCAAGGAUCUCUUUGGUGGCAUUGGCCAAGUUGGGAGAAUCAAGCAGAAGCGGGGUUACAAAGAUCAGUGGCCUUAUAAUAUUAAAAUUUACACUGAUGAUAAGGGAAAGAAUAAAGGUGACGCCUGUCUGGCUUACGAAGAUCCCAGCGCCGCACACUCUGCAGGCGGCUUUUUCGACAAUUAUGAAAUGAGGGGGAACAAGAUUAGUGUAACGAUGGCAGAGAAGUCUGCGCCCAAAGCUCCUGCUUUUGACCAGAGAGGCGGUGGUGGUAGAGGAGGAGGAGGCUAUGGUGGUGGAGAUAGAAGAAGAGAUAACUAUGGUUCAGGACCAGACAGAAACCACCAUGGGGGAAACCGGUCUCGUCCAUAUUGAGAGAACGAGAUGAAUCAAUGUUAUGUGUUAUAAGAGUUUGUGUGUGUAAGGGGGGGAAAUGUUAUUAUAUGAAUCAAUCAUAUAUUGGAAAGAUACCAAACAAAACAAAAGAGAAGGAAGGGGAUAAUUAACUCCAUAAUGCAUUGCAAAUUGGUGGGUAAGGGUUCAUGAUGAUUUCAGUUGCCAAUUGAAAAUCUUGUGGAUUUGGGAAGGAUAAUGGAUUUCGUGAUUUUCUUGAUCAUUUCCCUGAGGAUCCUGCUUCUGAACUGUGAAAUACCACCGGAUCAAUCAUCGGCUGGCUCCAUCCACCACAUUUUUGCACCGUUACAUUCUCUCAUGAGCCCAACAUUGGAUGUUAUACAGGGUCCUGGUGACGUUUGUAAGAAUCAGUACAAAAUUACAACGUUUAAACCUACGCCAGUGUAGUUCUAAACCAAGUGGGUGACUUCUAACAUGUGUAAAAAUUGAAAUUAAUUUCUAUUUAUUAAGAUCAUCACAUAUUAUUUUUCCAAUCAUGAGCUCUUGAGCUAAUGCUAGAUUUAC